AUGAUGACUGGACGGCGGCAACAUAGACCUAUACCAGAUGAGGCACCAUUUAAAGCAUAUGUUGGGAAUUUACCGCUUGAUUUGGUUCCUGGUGACUUGGAUUCACUUUUUGCAGAUUAUGCGGUUAUUGAGGCAAAAAUGAUGCGUGACUAUGAGAAUGACCGUUUCAAGGGUUUUGCUUACAUUGAAUUUCGAACUCGAGAGGAUUUGGAAAGAGCUCUUGCUUUGAACGGUGUAGAAUACGACGGACGAGUGUUACGUGUGGACGUAGCAGAUGCGCCACGUGGAAGAGAGCGUAGGGGUGGCGGCCGUGGUAAUUUUGGUGGGCGUGGCGGUAGUUCACGUGGUGGUGGACCACCUUUCAGAGGCGAUAGCAGACGUGGCGGUGGGACUAGCCGAUCUGGCGAACGGCCUAAUAGUAGGAAUGAUAAUUUUGGCAAUAUGGAUUAUGAUGGGUCAGAUAGAGGUAGCAUUAGCCGCGGUAGAAGUCAAAAUGUCGAGCUCGCUGCACAUUCUAGUGCACCUGGUAGGCCUCAUUUAAACUUGAAACCACGCACUACUGACCCAGAAGAAUUGGAAAGAUUGAAGAAAAUUGAAGAAGAAGAAACAAGAAAACGUCAAGCACGUAUCUUUGGAGUAAAGGAAUAG